AUGGCCUCCAAGAUCGAGUACAAGUCGCAAGCAGCUGCUUAUGAAAUUGAGACGAUCGAUCUGCCAACUAUUGCAAGCCGCAUUAAGAACAGCCAAAUCACUCGAGUGGUAGUCUUGACUGGGGCCGGUAUCAGUACAGCUGCUGGCAUACCUGAUUUCAGAUCGCCCAACACCGGCCUCUACGAUAAACUCGCACCGCUAAACCUCCCCUACCCAGAGGCAAUUUUCCACAUCAGCUACUUUUCCCACACUCCAGAGCCUUUCUAUGCAAUUGCGCGAGCUCGCCAUCCAGGUAAUCUCAAACCAACUAUCUCACAUGCCUUUCUCGCACUUCUAGCGAAGAAGAAUGUGCUGCAUUUUGCUUUUACGCAGAAUAUCGAUGGCCUCGAGGAGGACAUGGGUGUUCCUGCAGACAAGAUCCUUUGGGCGCAUGGCAACUGGAAGAGCCAGCAUUGUUGGAAAUGCAAGGCCGAAUACCCCGACGAUUUGAUGAAAGAGGCGAUCCGUGAGGGUGAAGUGCCCUAUUGCCAGAAGCCCGAAUGUGGUGGUGCAGUCAAGCCGAAUGUUGUGUUCUUCGGGCAAUCCUUGUCCCUUGAAUUUGAUGAAAAACAGAGACUUGUGCCGGAGGCAGACCUUAUGCUUGUUAUGGGAACGAGUUUGAAGGUUGCCCCAUGCUCGCAGUUACCGCGACUCGUCAAAGAGGGAACUCCACGAGUCUUGAUCAAUAUGGAGAGAGCCGGAGAUAUGGGGAACAGAAACCAGGAUGUGUGUGUUCUUGGCCCAUGUGAUGAUGGCGUACGCAAAUUUGCGGAUGAGCUUGGCUGGAGGGAUGAAUUGGAAGCCUUAUGGAGUAGUGUUGUGGAGACCAGGAAAGACGAUCCAGAAUUCGAAGGUGGCCCAAGUCUUGAUGAGUGCAUUGCCAAAGCGGCGAUGCAGAUGGAUGACCGCUUGAAGAUUUCGAACGGACAUAAACGCAUGUUAGAGAGCCACCUGGGUAACAAGCUUGCAAACAUCAAAGCAAAGCCUACAUCACAAUCUUGA